AUGCAGCAAGAGAAGAAGAGGUUGGCAGGAAAGACGCCGAGAAAAGUUCGGCGAGAGCCUCAGCUAGGCAGGCGGUCGGAUGGCCAGCAGGAUGAACGGAAUCAACAGAACCAUGACCAUCACAAAAAGCACCAUAAGCAUCCACAGCAACAGCACGACAAUUGGCAAGAUGGCUCGAAUACAUUUGAUCGUUCUCUGCAGCAGGAGCCAUACUCACCCAUUACCACAUCAAGCGAUGUCAAGAGCUCUGAAGCACCGCAGGUGGCUAUCAGUCAAGCAACUGGCGAGCAGGUGCUAUCGCAGAAUCCACCAACUCCUGCAACCACUCGGUUGCCGCCAGAGGAUCUGCCGACUCUCGAAACCAAUCCAUCGCCAUUGGAGCAGCCACCCACAGCCUUAAGCGGUCAGUUGCCACCUCCUCAGUCGCUUGUCUCAGGGCCGAACCUUGGCGUCAUUUGUGGAGUAGCGGUGGGCGGGCUUGUGUUUGUACUCACUUUAAUUGGUGUUGUAGUGUACAAGUUUCGUUGCCGUAAGAAGACUACAUCACAGAACGAGCCGGAUGCCGACGAUGGCGUUGCAAAUCGACCUCCCGAGGCUUGGUUUACGACGAGGAAUGAGCUGACGGAAAGUCCAGCAGAUUCAAAGUUUCCGAGCUUCACACCAGGAUCGCGAGAACGGCAGUUGGCUCAGCGUAACUCGAUAGCAGAAUGCCUUGAGAAAGCGUCACGGCAAGAACACGCCAGUGUUGUCAGCAAUCGAUCGAAUCCCAUUCCAGGGAUUGAACUGGCUGAGCGUGGCCAGGUAAAUUCAGCAACCCUCGAUCUGCCAUCAGUAACUCUACCAGAGCACCCUAUUAUUCAGCAACAAGAGCCCAAGACGAACUCCGAGAACUUGUUCCCGUGUCCGGAAGGGACACCUCACAGGUUUGGUCUACAUGAUGCAGAAAUCACGGUCGAAGGCGAGGAAGCACAGAUCGAUCGCUGUCUAAGCUACUACAUGAAACGGGUGUCAGCUGAAGCGCCGUCAAAUCCAAGAUCUCCGUUGACGCAGGAUCGAGACUUUGCAACGAAGCUUGCUCCACCUCUGGACCCGGACCCGGACCCGGACAACUCUGGCCGUCGAAGCAUGAUCAAGUUUACCAAAACCGCCAAUCUGCUUGAAAAGGUCCGUAGGUCGCAGAUUCGUCUAAACGACGAGGCUCUUGCUAAGGCAAAGAUGGAGGGGUUUCGUCUAUCAAGGUUUUCCACCCACCGUGUCGAAUCGAGCAAGGCUAGUUCAGAAACGUUCAUUCCCUCGGAAGCGUCCAGAUACGACAUAUCGUCGUCUUCCGUGUCGAUACAGAGACAGACUGAAGUGCAGCACAACAUCACAGAUCAUUGGCGGUACAGUUCGAAAUCGCACCACGAGGGAAAGCAUGUCAGUGGUGAACUUGGCAAUUCCGACGUACUGGAAUCCUCGCCAGGUUUUAGCGAGCCGCAUUCUGCCUUUGAGUACGCUGACUACUACGACGGAUACAUGACGGAAACCAACCUUUCGGUGCGGUAUGGACCUACUACUGAUAGUCCUGACGAAGGCUUUACGGUGCCAUGGCAAAAUGAUUCUCCGUGUCGAUCCUCGGCUUUGUCGCCACGUGCCUCGACCACAGUGAGCAUGCGACAACGCAGCGCGACAAUCACUCACGGGUCUCCUCUGACCAGGCCGCAGAAAGAUAGCUGGGAUGCAAACUCAAAGGAUGCCGAAGCAAUGGUACAUCGAAGUUCGAGUCAUCCACUUUGUACUGUAAUUGAUCUACAGCGCGAGUCGGCCAUGGUGGACGAGGUGAUCCGGUUCUAA